AUGGAGUUGGAGCACUUUGACGAGCGUGACAGAGGUCAGAGAUCAAGGCGAGGGCUACCCCCGAGCCCGGCACACAGUGCCCACUGCAGCCUGGGCCGCGCUCGAACACUCCAAGCCCUCAGCUCAGAGAAGAAAGCCAAGAAAGUGCGUUUCUACCGCAAUGGUGACCGCCACUUCAAAGGCAUCGUGUACGCCAUCUCCCGGGACCGGUUCAGGUCGCUCGAUGCACUGCUGGCUGACCUCACACGCUCUCUAUGCGACAGCCUCAACCUUCCACAUGGCGUUCGCACCUUAUACACCAUCGACGGGUCUGCCAAGAUCACCAGCCUGGAGCAGCUGGAGGAAGGUGAGAGCUACAUAUGCGUCUCAAUAGAGCCUUUUAAGAAACUGGACUACACCAAGAACGUCAAUCCCAACUGGUCAGUCAACAUGAAAGCUGGAGCAUCUUCUCGGAUGCCCACCUCACUAGCCAGUGCCAAAGCCAGCUCACUGGACACCAAGGAUAGCAAAGACUUUAUCCGGCCCAAGCUGGUGACCAUCAUCAGAAGCGGUGUGAAGCCUCGCAAAGCCGUGCGCAUUCUCCUCAACAAGAAGACGGCACACACUUUCGAGCAAGUUCUCAGCGACGUCACGGAUGCCAUCAAGCUUGACACGGGAGCUGUCAGGAGGCUCUACACAGUUGAUGGCAAACUGGUGACAUGUCUGCAGGACUUCUUUGGUGAGGACGACAUAUUCAUUGCAUGUGGACCUGAAAAGUUCCGCUACCAGGAUGAUUUCCUCCUGGACGAAAGUGAAUGCAGAAUGACGAAAUCACAAUCUUAUGGUCGGAUCUCGUCGCUGCAGGGUCGCUGCUCUCCUCGCAGUGGAGGUGCUUCUUACAGGAGCAAGUCUCCGGUCUCCAACAGCUCGGCUAAUGGAACAGCAGGCAGUCAGCUGUCUACGCCUCGCUCAGGCAAAUCCCCGAGUCCGUCUCCCACCAGCCCAGCCAGCCUCCGAAAACGGCGGAGCUCCCAGCACAGCGGCUCGUCUCUCUCUCUGGCCUCGACUAAAGUGUGCAGCUCCAUGGAUGAAGGUGACGGUCCUGCUAGUGAAGCUGAGGUGGUGGAGGAAAGCCCUCAGGUUCCUGCCUCUAUAGCCGAGAGGUACAAGGUGGGACGGAUGAUUGGAGAUGGCAACUUUGCAGUGGUGAGAGAGUGCGUGGAGAGAUCCACAGGCCGAGAGUACGCACUCAAAAUCAUCAACAAGGGCAAAUGCAGAGGCAAGGAACAUAUGAUCCAGAAUGAGGUGUCCAUUUUGAGGAGGGUGAAACACCCCAACAUAGUCCUGCUGAUCGAGGAGAUGGACACCUACAGUGAGCUCUACUUGGUCAUGGAGCUGGUCAAGGGCGGUGACCUCUUCGAUGCCAUCACAUCCACAAAUAAGUACACAGAGCGGGAUGCCAGUGGGAUGCUGUACAACCUGGCAAGCGCCAUCAAGUACCUGCACAGCCUGAACGUAGUGCACAGAGACAUCAAACCCGAGAACCUGCUGGUGUACGAGCACCAGGAUGGCAGUAAGUCCCUGAAGCUGGGGGAUUUUGGCUUGGCCACUGUGGUAGAUGGACCUCUGUACACCGUGUGUGGCACUCCGACAUACGUAGCUCCAGAAAUCAUUGCAGAGACGGGUUACGGCCUGAAGGUGGACAUCUGGGCGGCUGGUGUUAUUACAUACAUCCUGCUCUGUGGCUUUCCUCCUUUCCGUGGGAGCACUGAAGAUCAGGAGGUUCUGUUUGAUCAGAUUCUCACAGGACAGCUGGAUUUCCCUCUGCCGUACUGGGACAACGUGUCCGACUCUGCAAAGGAGCUCAUCACGUGUAUGCUGCAGGUGGAGGUCGAGCAAAGAUACACAGCUCUACAGGUUUUAGACCAUCCGUGGGUCAACGACGAUGGCUUGUCUGAGAACGAGCAUCAGCUGUCAGUGGCUGGGAAAAUAAAGAAGCACUUUAUCACAGGGCCCAAGUCCAGCAGCACAGCACCCGGCGUCUCCGUUAUAACAACCACCGCUCUUGAUAAGGAGAGGCAGGUUUUCAGACGAAGACGCCACCAGGAUGUGAAGUCCGCCACCGCUCGCGCUCCACACAGCAGCUACAUGUCGAAGCCUCUAUCCGGCGCCAGCCUCACCCCUGCAGAGUUCACCUCCGAGUCCGAGGAUCACUCGCCCAGCUCCGCUGAGACCGUACGCACCCCAACCUCACCGUUCUAA